UUGCGUUUAUCGACAUUUUUAGAUGUUUAUGUGGAAUGUUUCGCCUUCAUUAGGGCUUGUACGGUACUCGUAGACGGAAAAAGUGAGUCGGACAAGGCGGCUUGUCUCACGGAGAGGAGGAGAUAAGAGAAGCACUUCAGGAAAUCCAUUCAAGGAAAUCUGAGUUUGGAAGGGCAGGCCUUGCUGCUCCCCAGGAAUUGCCCAGUUUUUUUUCUUUCUCCUCCGUCAUGGACUAAAUCCUGGAGGAAUUGUCCUGUCACAGGUUUCCUUUAAAGGGAGUACCACACUUUUGUCAGAGCCGGACAGCCCAAAUGCUUGUUGGACAGAGCCCGGCUCGUGAUCGGAGGCCAUGAAGCAGCCAGGGAAGUGACCCGGCUGGACCCCUGCCCCGGUUGGUGCCACUGUGGCACCAUGGCAUCCAACGAGAGAUUGUACGAAGUCUGGAUGCUUUACGUCAACAAGAGGGAUCCAGACUACCUGAAGAUAUGGAUGGAGAACUUCAUCAGCUCCUAUGAGCAAUGCCUUGAUGUGGACUUUGAAAAACCACCUUCCAGGCCGGAAGACGUCCCCCCGGUUCUAACGCUGCUUCCGGACAACAUCCUGCAGGUCCUGCGGCACCAGCUGCUGCAGUGCGUGCAGAAAGCCUCCGACGGCCUGGAGCCAGAGCAGCAACACCUGGCUCUGCUGCUGCUCAAGUUCCUCAUCGUCAUCUGCAGGAACUUGUCCAACGUGGAAGAGAUCGGCACUUGUUCCUACAUCAAUCACAUCAUCACCAUGACAACACUAUACAUUCAGCAGCUCAAGAGCCGGACCAAAGAGAAGGAGAUGGUCGACCAGAGUCAGGCGGAGGAGUUUGUCCGUCACGCCUUGGCCUUCUGCGAGAGCCUCUACGACCCGUACCACAACUGGAGGCACCGAACGUGCGGGGAGCAGCUGGGUACUGUGGAGAGGAGCAGGCAGAAGUACAAAGCAGCUCCCCUCACUGUGGAGUUUGUUCCUUUCUUUUACCAGUGCUUCCAAGAAAGCGAGCACCUGAAGGAGAGUCUGAAAUGCUGCUUACUUCACCUGUUUGGAGCCAUAGUAGCUGGAGAUCAGAGGAACGCCCUGCUGGCCAUCUCCCCGGCCACCAUGGAGGUGUUGAUGCGGGUGUUGGCUGACUGCUCCACCGGCGGCUGCUCCGCAGACGAGGCGGAGGACUGGGACAGCGAGGCCCCCGACCGGAAGGCCCUGCUGACCCUGGGCUGCCUUAGGGAGGUGGUGCAGCGCCUCCUGGCUUCCAGCUCCGACCAGCGGCAGGUGGAAAUCGCCUCCGUUCUGGAAAACUACUUCAAGCUGCUGAACUCUGACCCCGCUGCCGUGGUCGCCGCCCGCCAACAGCAGCAAACUAAAGGCAGCGGUCCAACUUUAGGCCGACACUGGGAGAGUCGGUUUGUGGCACUACAGAUUCACAUGCUAGACACCAUCAGGGACAUGUUCCUGUGCUCAGACAGGCCGGUGUUACAGGCCAUCUUCCUCAACAGUAACUGUUUCGAGCAUCUAACCCGACUGCUGCAGAACAGCAAGCUGGUUAACGCUAGGUGCACCGCUGCAGACAAGGACCAGAAAGAUAUUACCAACAACAUGUUACAGACAGGAGAGGGGGACACUCAGGUUUUUCAGGGGCGUCUCGACUCCCUUGCUGUAGCUACUAUCAAAGCCCUCACAACAGUGAUGCAUAAUUCCCCAGCUGCAAAGGAGGUUUUUAAGGAGAGGAUUGGUUAUAACCACUUGUAUGAAGUACUUUUGUCACUGGGGCAGCCAUCCCGACACCUUCUCAAAGAGCUGAUGAACAUGGCUGUGGAAGGUGAGCAUACCUCAGUGGGUCUCCUGGGCAUCAGUAAUGUUGAGCCGUUGCUGCUUCUGGUCCAGUGGCUCCCCGAUCUGGAUUCGCCAGAGCUCCAGCUCUUUACAGCUGACUGGCUCCGCCGCCUCACCUGCCUCAACCGCCAGACUCGUGCGACCUGCGUCAACGCCGCCAUGGUCAUGCGAGCUUUAGCCGCUCUAGAGCAGCAUGAACGGCUACACAGAGCUUGUGCCGAGAGCCUCUUUGGGUUAGUUGGCUCUCUAGGCUCGCAGUCUUUAGGUGCCAGGGAGCUGUUGGAAUUUCUCCGGCUCCUUCGACCGUCAGAGUCCAACCCAGCCCACCCGUAUGUUGGUCCAGCCCUGAGAGCCCUCCUGGUGAUGGUGCGGAAGCAGGGGCUUGAGAGCGCCAUGCAGUACUUUGAUCUGUCGCCCAGUAUGGCCGGCAUUUCAGUCCCAACGGUGCAGCGCUGGCCCGGAACUGCCUUCAGCUUCAUCGCUUGGUUUUCUCUUGACCAGGACCAGCUGGGCCCAAUCAGUAAAGACAAGCGGAAGCAGCUUUACAGCUUCUUCACUCCUGGAGGAACUGGGUUUGAAGCCUUUAUCAGCUCAGCAGGUGUUCUGGUGGUGGCUGUGUGCACAAAGAAGGAAUACGUUACUGUUAUGCUGCCAGACUACUGCUUCUGUGACUCCCUCUGGCACAGCAUCAGUGUGGUUCAUAUCCCUGGAAAGAGACCGUUCGGACAGAGUCUCGUCUACAUUUAUGUGGACGGGCAGCAGAAACUGUCCGCUCCCCUCAAGUACCCAACCAUGACCGAGCCUUUCACUUCCUGCUGCAUCGGCUCAGCAGGCCACCGCACCACCACUCCCCCACCCUCCCAAAUACCAGACCCUCCCUUCUCCUCAACCAACACGCCAAACACCCGCUCCUCCCUGGGCGGUAUCUUGUCACCGCAGAGCUGGGGUGGGUUGUUAGGCGGAAAGCCAGAGUCCGUCACUAAGUUGAUCUCAGCUGGGACCCAAGACAGCGAGUGGGGAAGUCCGACAUCCCUGCAGGGUCAGCUCGGGAGUGUCAUGGUGUUUCACGAACCCCUGCAGCCCAACCACAUCAAAGCAAUCUGCACCGCCGGUCCAAAUUGCAUCUCUCCAUUUAAAACCCAGGAAUCCGAACUGGGUGACCUUUCAAGCAAAUUACUGCUCCAUUACUCACCCAAGGCCUGCAGGAACCCGAUCUGCCUCGACCUGUCUCCAAACGCGCUGCAUGGCCGCCUGACAGGAAACAAAGUUGUCAACUGGGACAUCAAGGAUGUGAUCAGCUGCGUGGGGGGCCUGCCGGUCCUCUUCCCAAUUCUGGAGCAGCUGGCUCUGGUGACCCCUGACCAACAAAGCGCCGAUCCCGCCGCUGGAUCGGACUUCAUCACGCCUGAUGUGACCACGCCAGCUGAUGGAGACUGGGUCAUUCUCCCGUCAAACAGAGCUUCAGAGGCUCGUCUGGAGAAGAGUCUGGUGGCUACUUUCCUUUUGGUGCUGAAGCACUUCCUGCAGAGACACCCGGUCAACCAGGAGACUCUUCUCCAUUCGUACGGUGUUGGAACACUUGGAGCCCUGCUGCAAAAGCUUCCAGCCGGUCAUGUGGACGUGAGCGUGCUGGUUGCCACGCAGCUGCUGAUCGAGCAGGUGACCCAGGAGAGGAAUCAGGCUCUGCUGCAGCAGCUCCAUGUACAUCUGCUCUUCAAUUUCAACAUCUGGAGCAAAGGGGACUUCCCUCUGCGCAUAGGUCACAUCCAGUACAUGUCCACUGUCAUUAAGGACGACAGGAAGCAGUUCAGGAGGAAGUAUGGCGUUCAGUUCCUGUUGGACACCGUGCGCCUCUAUUACGGAAAAAACGCUAAUAAAGAGAACGACUUUGGCGAGGACGAUGUUCGCGCCAUCCGGGCGUCUCUGUGCGGCUUGAUCAAGUACUACAUCAGCAAGAGCAUGUCGCAGGAGGAGAUGCACAGCAUUCUGGGAUACAUUGCUGCCAUAGGCGAUGAAGAGCAACUCUGUUGUGUCCUGGAGCUGCUACUCAGCCUGCUGCAGAGCAGUCCGGCCAAAGACCAGCUCUUCCUGCACCUCUUCGAGCCCACGGCCGCAGACUCGUGCUACGCUCUGCUGCUCAAUAACAAGCACUCGGAUCGACUCAGAGAGCUCGUCUUCAAACUUUUUGAGCGCAUGCUGCGCUGCGACCGCGUUUACGAGAAGAACAAGCAGCGGCUACGCCUGAGAGAAGCCGGUUACUCCAGCCUGUCGCUGCUCUUCUCCGAGCUUCACAUCACGCCAACGUUGGUCCGCUGCCUCCUCAAUCAGAUCCUCCACACAGAUCAAGUGGUCAACUAUAAGGACCUGAUGGCUCUGGUCCAGCUCACUCACCGGGCCGGGCCCAAUGUGCGGCUCAUAGUCUGCAAACGGGUGUACCAGCUGCUCCAGUCCCAGCAGGAAGCUGCAGUCCAGAUCUCUAAGCAGCAGUGCUGGCAGGACACCCUCAUGCGUCUGUUUCUACGGGGCGAAGGCUCCCUGCCGCUGCGCAGCUCCGACACCAUCAGCGCGUGCAGCUUGGACCUGAACCGGAUGAGCGGCGGCAGCGCCAACCGCCUGGAGCUCCCCCUGGAGAGGAGGGGGCGGGCAGGCAGCGCCGGGCGCUUGGACCGGCCCGAGGACGACUGGCUCAGCCUCGGGGACACUCGCUCCGUCGACAGCCUGGAGAGCGGAGACGUCAUCUCCCUGUUGGACACGCCGUCCUCCUCCGCCUCCACCACCGAGCCGCAGCUACAAGGCAAGCCGUGGGUGGUGGGCAAGUCCGGGGGCUUGGUCCUGGAUCUGUCUCACAUCCAAGCGUACGAAGGAGCGGAGAGCGGCAACCAGACCCCUGGGAGCAUGCCCAGUACGCCAUCGCCACUGGAAACCUCCAAGCCGUUUCCUGGGAGUUCUGGCGAUCGAGAUCCAGCUUCCUCUCAGGUUGAGGACAACUUCCUGUUUAGUGACAACAUCUCCCUGGGGGAGUCCUUCAACAGCGCAGAGAGGGCAGAGGAGGAACUGUGCGGCAUGUUGCUGGAGAUCGUCCUGUGCGUGAUGUGGCGAGGCGUGGAGGGCUCCGAUGACUCGGCGUGGCUGGAACGCGGCCAGGUCUUCUCGGCCCUCACCAAACUGGGAACUGCCAACGAGCUGCUGCUUCCCGUCGAUCGGAUCAAGCUCAGUUUGAUGGAGCGGAUGUUGGAGUCGGCGGUGAGCGACAACCGCGAGACGUCGACGGCCAUGUUGCCUCAGCACACGGAAAACGCAGUGCGGUUGCUCCACAUCGUGCAGGACUUCCUGCAGACAGAGGGCAUGGUCAACCCGGCGCUGUGGACGGAGAAGGUGCUGGAGGAGGCUGUGACCCUCAUGGACUGCCUCAUGGUGUGGUACUCCGCCGGUACUCAGUGGUUCCAGCUCUCUCAAGUUGGGCUGAGACUUCUGCUGGGCUUCAUGGCUCAAGACGACCUCCAGGUCUGCGCCAUAGCCACCGCUAAGCUAAACGGCAUCCUGCAGACUAAGGAGGUCUCCAGCCAGGACGAGGCCUGCUACCUGCUGGGGAAGGUGGAGGUCAUCCUGCGGCGUUCCAUCCAGGAGCAGUCCGAGGAGAUCUACUCCUUCCUGGUCCCACUGCUGCGAACGCUCCUCCUCAAAGUCCACCGCCUGCUCUACAUGGAGCUGCACCUGCCCCAGCUUCCCGACACCAACGGAAGCCCCUCCUUCUUCGAGGACUUCAAGCUUUACUGCGACUCUCCGGAGUGGCGUGUCUACCUCGACAAAUAUAUUAUUCCAUACAUGAAGCAGUACGAAAUCGAGACUUUCAGCCAGGGUUAUGAGAGCAUGGCACUCUACUGGAAGGAGUGCUACGAGGCCUUCAUGGUCAGCCUACACAAGAGGGAGCGGGAGCGUGGCGAGAGCAAGAUCCGCUUCCAGGAGCAGUUUGUGGAGCCGUUCUCUCGACGAGGCCGUCAGGAGAACCUGCGCUACAACAGCAUGCUAAAGCAGCAGCACAGUCAGAACAGCGCCACCCUCAGGCAGUGGAAGGCAGCCCGACGGAGUCUGGUUUGUGAGCGAGGACCUUGGGCUGACCGGCUGCAGGAUAAAAUGCACUGGAGAGUGUCCAGCGCAGAGAACUUCUCCCGCAUGAGGCUGAAGCUGGUCCGGAACUACAACUUCGAUCCUCAUACAGAGGCCAGCGCCCUGAGGGACAACCUGGGUGUCCAUCAGCAGCGCGUGAACCCCGAGUCUCUGCUGCUGGAGGCCGUGAAGCAGGUCAAAGUCAGCGACCUGGAAGACGACAUCCUGGAGCUUCCGGAAGACGAUCCCUCUGUCGCCAACAACCAGGCGGAGGCGGAGGAGGCUGGCCAGAAGGAGAAGCUGGUGUUGUGGGAGGACUGUGAGCUGGUGACGGUGGUGGAUGUGGUCCCCGGCCGCCUGGAAAUCACAACCCAGCACAUCUACUUCUACGACAGCAGUCCGGAGAAGGAGGAAGGAGAGGGCCACGACUUCAAAUGGCCGCUGUCGCAGAUCCGAGAAGUUCACCUCAGGCGUUACAACUUGCGGCGCUCAGCGCUGGAGAUCUUCCUCAUCGAUCAGACCAAUUAUUUCCUCAAUUUUAAAAAAGAGGCGAGGAACAAAGUCUACAGCCGCAUGUUGCUGCUGCGCUCGCUCAGCCUGUACGGAACCAGAUCGCCACAGGAGCUCCUCAGAGCCUCAGGCCUCACGCAGAAAUGGGUAAACCGGGAGAUUUCCAACUUUGACUACUUGAUGCAGCUCAACACAAUUGCCGGCAGGACCUACAACAACCUGGCUCAGUAUCCAGUGUUUCCCUGGAUUUUAGCAGACUACACUUCAGAUGAACUGGACCUGUCCGAUCCGCGGGUUUUCAGAGAUCUGUCGAAGCCGGUGGCCGUGCAGAACGAACGCAACGCCAAGGCUGUGAGAGAAAAGUAUGAAAGCUUCGAAGACCCCACUGGUACCAUAGACAGAUUCCACUACGGCACUCAUUACUCAAACGCUGCAGGAGUGAUGCACUACAUGAUCCGGGUGGAGCCCUUCACCUCCCUGCACAUCCAGCUGCAGAGUGGACGGUUUGAUUGCGCCGACCGGCAGUUCCAUUCCAUCCCUGCCACCUGGCAGACCCUCAUGGACAACCCCAACGACGUCAAGGAACUCAUACCCGAGUUCUUCUACUUCCCAGAGUUCCUGGAGAACCAAAACGGCUUUGACUUGGGGCGUCUGCAAAUCUCUAAAGAACGAGUGAACGAUGUUAUCCUACCCAAAUGGGCCAAAUCCCCAGAAGACUUCAUCUACAAGCACCGGAAAGCUCUGGAGUCGGAGUACGUGUCUGCUCACCUUCACGAGUGGAUCGACCUGAUCUUCGGUUACAAACAGAGAGGCCCUGCAGCUGUAGAGGCUCUCAACGUCUUCUACUACUGCACAUAUGAAGGAGCGGUGGACUUGGACGCCAUCACCGAUGAAAAGGAGCGCAAGGCUUUGGAAGGGAUGAUCAGCAACUUCGGUCAGACUCCCUGCCAGUUACUGAAGGAGCCCCACCCGGUGCGACUGUCCCUGGAGGAAGUGGAGAAAAGGAAGUCCCAACUGGACACAUGUCCUCUCAGCAUGUUUGAACACCUCAGCAACCUCAAGUCCUUCUUUGUUGAGGGCAUCUGCGAUAACGUCCCGCUGGUCAAAGCCGUGGUGCCAAAGAAUCAGUCGCAUUCCUUCAUCAGCCAAGGGAGUCCCGACACCAUGGUGACGGUGAGUCAGAACUGCCUGGUUGGGACUCACGGGUGGCUUCCUUACAACAAGAGCAUCUCCAACUACUUCACCUUCAUUAAAGACCCCGCAGUGUCCAACGCCAAAACCCAGCGUUUCCUGUCGGGACCCUUUGCUCCGGGCGUGGAGGUAGCACCGGGGCUGUUUGUCGUCUCCCACGAUGGGAAGUUGCUCUUCAGCGGCGGACACUGGGACAACAGCAUUCGGGUGACGUCGCUGGUCAAAGGCAGGACGGUGGCGCAGCACAUCCGGCACAUGGACAUCGUGACCUGCCUGUCAACAGACCACUGCGGCAUUCACCUGAUCUCAGGCUCUAGAGACACCACCUGCAUGGUGUGGCAGGUUCUGCAGCAGGGUGGUGCUCCCGUGGGUCUCCAUCCCAAACCCAUUCAGGUGCUGUACGGUCACACAGAUGAGGUGGUCAGCGUGGGGGUCAGCACAGAGCUGGACAUGGCUGUGUCCGGAUCCCGGGACGGUACGGUGAUCAUCCACUCGGUGCGUCGUGGACAGUACAUGCGCUGCCUGCGUCCUCCGUGCGACAGCUCCCUACCGCUGUCCAUCCUUCACCUGGCCGUGUCCUGGGAGGGCCACCUGCUGGUCCACACCUGCUUGGAGGGCAAAGCCACUCUCAAGGAUAAAAACACCCUCCAUCUCUACUCGGUGAACGGGAAGCACCUCUGCAGCGAGCCUCUGAAGGAGCAGGUGACGGAUAUGUGUGUUUCAGGGGAGCAUGUGGUCAUCGGCAGUGAGCAGGGAUACCUGUCCAUCCGUGACCUCUACAGCUUGUCUCUGAGCGCGGAGCCCAUGGCCAUGCGCGUCCCCGUGCGCUGCGUCUCCGUCACCAAGGAGCAGAGCCACGUACUGGUGGGCCUGGAGGACGGGAAGCUGAUCAUCGUGGGCGUGGGAAAGCCGGCGGAGGUAAAGAACUCUCUGCGGAACUACAUCGCUCAGAGCCUGGAGGCGUCCCCUCUCAUGGCUUCCCCCCUGCUGGCCCCCCUCCGAGCCCGCUCACCGACCCGGCUGCUCCACCAGCGGGACCAGCUGGUGUUCAGCCACGCUUCUUGCUCACCGAAGCACUAAACGCCGCAGACACCCGCCUCUUUGAUUUAUUACCCGCCCCCUUUCAGUCGUUCUGCGUCACUUUGACUAAAUCUCUGAGCCACAAAAGAUACAGCACUGAACCGAUUCCUUGGCAGUUCGGUUACCUGAACCUGCUGUUGAUCUAAAGGUCAUUGCACUCUUUCAAUCAAAAAAUUAUGCUGUGAAACAUGUAAAGCUCCUGUAAUCUCAAGCCAUAUGACCAAUCCAGUAAUAUUCUUGUGCCAAAGUAGUAUUUCUGUAGAUACUGUACUCAACUUUUGUGUUGUUGUUUUUUUUUAUCAUUUAUUGCCUCAAAAAUCAAUCAAACCACUCAUAAAUCAUUGCACCUCCCUUUUUUUUUGUUUUUUUUUAUGCUGCACCCCCCCCCCUUUCCUUUCCCUCCCUCCACUUUCUUCCUCCUCUCCUUCCUUUUUCCCAGAUGCGCUCCUCUCGGAAGCUUUGGGGCGCCAAUAAGAGGCUGACCCAGAUCUCCUCGGGGGAGACCGUUUACAACACCCAGCAGGACAACAACUGACCACCCCCACACCCCCCCAACUCCCUCUUCUGGGACCCUGAACACCCCCCCUCCCCUUGCACACGUUCUCCUCUCCCUCCUUUUUUUUUUUUUUGAUCUGUUCAUCACCAAGCAGGUCGCAUCUUUUUCGGUUUCUUUCCGGAAGUCUCAUCAUUUGUGGGUUUCUUUGAGCUUGCGACCGUAAGGCGCGGGCGCCACGGUAACGCAGCAUCUCUUCGCAUCCCCAUGCAGUUUGUUGCCAGGGUUUUGUCUGUUAUUACACUUAUAAGUGGCCUUUUUCUGUUCUUUGUUUUUAUUUUUUAAAAUCCCUUCCAGUUUGAAGGUGGGGGGGGGGGGGUGCUGACAGGCCAGCCUGUUAUCUCAGUGCUGCCCCCUGGCGGCCUUAUGCAGUAAUACAACUCCACGACUUGGCGACCAAACUCUCUGCCUUUCUUUAUGGUUUCAUAUUUAUUUUUCUUUGCUUUUUUUUAAAUAUUAUUUUAAAGAAUGCAUGUUCUCCAUGAAAAAGCUUAAAGAUAUGAUAACGGUUGAAAAGUUUGUUUUUUGUGAGAUUAUUUGUGUUUUUAGUAAAUUACCAAUAGUUGCACACUACACACUCAGACACAGCAAGCUUCACAUGCAGAUUAAGUCGCAAUUGUUUGGAAAAGUUACUUGAAUCUUUUUAUUUAUAAGUAGUUUUUUUUUCAUCACUUUGUGGUUUGAAGUCUCCAGGAUAUUUAUGACUAUUUUGACUGUUCACAAAGAAGGAAAAAGCCUGAAAUACCCAAGGGCUCCAGAGAUGUCAGUGUUAACAGCAAUACGUCUUUUGUUUUUUGUCUUCCUGCAGCUGAACCCGGACGGUCAGUAGAACCAGACUUCUAACUCUUCCUCUUGAGGUUUUUGACUGAUUUUUUAGAGAGUUUUAUUUAGGAGACAUUAAGGAAGGAUUCUACCAGAUUAUGGGAAUGAAGAGAUUUCCAGAAUACCUUUUAUUUAAAUGAAACACUAAGAUGGUUUGGAGACCAGCAUGUGUCUGUCUUUUAUGCCUUUUUUUUAAUUCAUAAAACAAGUACAAAAACAACUUUUUUUUAUGUUUUUUUCUUUUUUUUGUUGACUCACUACUGCAACAGACUGAGUGCCUUUAUCCCGGAGUGCUGUCAACACAGAGCUAGAUUGUUGUUAAACUUCCUGUCCCCAAAAAGGAACCAUCUGAAAGCAGCAUUCCGCUUGUAAAGGGUCCACAUUAGCCGUGGAUUCAGAACUUCAGAAAAAUCUAGAUUAUUAUAGUUAUUUUUUGUUGUUGUCGGAUAUGUGUGUACAACUGUGAUUAUUUAUGAAUUCAGUAUAUAUAUUGUACAGCAUGAUUUUUAUUUUGACAUGUACUUUUGCACUUUCCAGGUACUACAUUGUAACAAAUUGUUUUAACUUUUUGCUCCUUAUUCUGUACAAAUGGCUUUGUAUACACACACGUGGAAAUGAUCAUUAAAGUCUUGUCUGAAUUUA